GAAUGUUUGAUGCAUUCGGACGGGGAGAAAUAUCAUAGCGACAAGCCCAAUGGUUGCUCGACUCGAGAGGCAGGCAUCUAUGAGACCCGUAAGGGGAACCAAUGGCGACGAAUAAUACCGACUAAUUAGAUGGUCGAUUGAUCGUAAACGAGAACUGCGCGUUCGUUUAAUGCGCUUAUGUCUAAUUCUAUGAAUGAACAUCACAUAACUAAACGGGUUAUAGAAAACAGAUACGGAAGCAUGUUUCAACUCGAAAAGUGCCGGAGUUAAGCUCUCUCUCAGCCCUCCUUAAAACCCCGCACGGAUCGAUUCAGCAGUACGUCUGCUUGCCUCGGCUCAAACACAUCGCUGUUACAGUGGCGGUAACUUAACGGGAUACAUUCGCUCCAAGGAUAGCCGCGGAAUUUGUUAAAUCAUUUAGUCGGUUUAGUGCCUGCCGCAGUUAACGUGUAUAUUCCUUGGAAUAUUUUUGGAGCAGUGUUUGGAAAAGUACCAUAAAUUCAAGAAGCAACUUAAUAAUUUCUUUAAAAGGAUCACGUACGUGAAGUAUAUUGAGCUAUCUUGUAAAUAUGGCCGAGGAACAAGAAGCAAUGUUUACCAAACUGUCUGAAGCUGAAAAUUGCAACUCUCUUCUUAAGAAACACCUGACGAAAGAGGUGUAUGAUAAAAUCAAGGAAAAGAAAACCAGUCUUGGAGGAACCCUUGCUGACUGCAUACGAUCAGGGUGUGAAAACCUGGAUAGCGGUGUGGGCAUCUAUGCUUGUGACCCAGAGGCCUACACGACGUUUUCUGACGUCUUUGACGCCGUCAUCAAGGACUACCACAAGGUCCCGGACAACAAGCCAAUCAAACAUCCAAACUGCGACUUCGGAGAUGUCGAAAAGAUGAAGCUAGAAGAUCUUGACCCGGAAGGGAAAUAUAUCAUCUCCACCAGGGUCAGAGUUGGAAGGUCACAUGAUGGACUCGGCUUUCCGCCAAUUCUUACCAAAGAGCAAAGAGAAGAGAUGGAGAAAAAGACAACAGAAGCUUUUGAUAAGCUCCCUGAAGAACUUAAGGGAACGUAUCACCCUCUGACGGGCAUGACACCGGAAACUCAGAAGGAGCUGACAGAUGAACACUUCCUGUUUAACGACCAUGACAGAUUUUUGCGUGCAUCCGGCGGCUACAACGACUGGCCAACAGGCAGAGGCAUCUUCUUCAACAACGACAAGACCUUCCUUGUGUGGGUGAACGAGGAGGACCAUCUCCGUCUCAUCUCCAUGCAGAAGGGUGGCGAUAUCGGAGCUGUCUACAAGCGUCUAGUAUCGGCUGUCAAGUCCAUGGAACAAACCCUGAAAUUCGCCCGGAACGACCAUCUUGGCUUCCUGACGUUCUGUCCUAGCAACCUAGGAACGACCCUGCGAGCGUCUGUGCACAUCAAGAUCCCAGCCGUUGCGGCCAAGCCCGACUUCAAGGAGAUUUGUGACAAGUACAACCUUCAGGCAAGAGGUAUCCACGGCGAGCACACCGAGAGCGAGGGCGGCGUGUACGACAUCUCCAACAAGCGUCGUCUUGGGCUGACGGAGGCGCAAGCCGUUACUGAAAUGUACAACGGUGUGAAGGAGAUCCUGAGACUAGAGAAGGAACUGACAUGGAACCCCGAUAGUCUGGAGGAAAUGUACGAACACGUGUCCAAGGCCAAGAACUGCAAGUCAUUGAUGAAGAAGUACUUCAGCAAGGAUGUCCUUGAAAAGUGCAAGGACAAGAAGACAUCCCACAAUGCAACACUGUCGGACUGCAUUAUGUCAGGGGUGAAGAACCUUGACAGCGGGGUGGGUAUCUACGCCGCCGACCCGGAAUCCUACAACACGUUUGCUGAAAUCUUUGACCCGGUCAUCCGGGACUACCACAAGCUGUCCACCAAAGAGCCAAUCUCCCACCCGCCGUCAAACUUCGGCGACAUCGAAAACUUGGGUUUCUCUGACCUUGACCCCGAAGGUGACCUCAUCGUUUCUACCAGGAUCCGCGUUGGAAGAAGUCACAAGGAGUAUGCGUUCCCCCCAGUUCUUACUAAAGAGGACCGCGAGUCUAUGGAGAAGAAGUGUCAGGAGGUGCUGGGCUCCCUGGAAGGGCAACUGAAGGGCUCCUAUCAUCCACUGGAGGGCAUGACCUCGGAAAUGCAAGACCAGCUCACCAAGGAUCACUUCCUGUUUAACGAUCACGACAGAUUCCUCAAGGCAGCCCGUGGCUAUGACGACUGGCCAACUGGCAGAGGCAUCUACUUCAACGACGAAAAGACCUUCCUCGUGUGGGUGAACGAGGAGGACCAUCUUAGAAUUAUCUCCAUGCAGAAGGGCGGCGACAUCGGAGCUGUCUAUAAAAGGCUAGUGUCGGCUAUACAAGAGAUGGAGAAGAAGCUGACCUUUGCUAGGGACGAGCGUCUGGGCUACCUGACGUUCUGUCCCUCCAACCUGGGCACCACCCUCCGUGCGUCCGUCCACAUCAAGAUCCCCAAACUUGCCGCCAAGAAAGACUUCAAGAACAUCUGUGAGAAAUACAAAUUGCAAGCAAGAGGUAUCCACGGCGAGCACACCGAGAGCGAGGGCGGCGUGUACGACAUCUCCAACAAACGUCGUCUUGGUCUCUCGGAAAUUCAAGCCGUCCAGGAGAUGGUGACAGGAGUUCAAGAGAUCAUUAAACUGGAAAGAGAACUCCAGAAAGGAAAGGGGAACAAAUCGUCAUCAUGCGCCAUCUUGUAAGCUACCCCGUCACCCUUGUCCAGGCAGCCGCCAUCUUGAUCCAACCAGUGUAUCUGUGCAGCCGCCAUCUUGAAACUAUUGGCCGCCAUUUUGAUUCAACCAGUAUGGUGAUCAGGCCGCCUUUUUGAAUGUACCAGUACCUAUAUACGGAUAUCAUUUUGAAACGUCACUCUUAUAUGUGCCCUUGAACAUCAUUUGUGUAGUCAAACAAUUUUGUUUGUAUGUCAUUUAAGACAAAGACGUGUAUAUGACAUCAACAGACAUUUUCAUGCAGAAGAAUUCCGAACCUUAUCGGAAAAUGCCGAAUUCAAAGUACCACGUGACAUUCAUCUAGUCUAACGGUCACCUUAUUCGGAAAUAUCACCUGAUAUUUCGAAAUCGGCAUUUUCCGGCAAAGCUCGGACAUCUUCGGUAUGGACAUAUCUAUUGUUUUACCCAGCUGAUGUGAGUGUGCAGAUGUAUAUUACAAGUCGUCAUGUUCAAUCGAUUAUUUUUCAAGCAUGCGCACUGCUUGAAUCGGUGACGUCAGUGCCAAAAUAUUUAUGUAAUGAAACACCAAUGAUCUUCCUCCAAGUUAGAUGUUCUUCAGCCAAAGAUUACUGUGAAUAAUAUCCAUGCUCUCUCUAUGCUAUAGUGUCGGGAAUGCUAAUUCUACUUACAGCAGUAUUAUUUGUUCGUGUAAUUAUGCUUAUAUGCAAUAGGUUCUUAUGCAAGUAAAGCUUAAGUGAAAAUAUGUUAUUGUCAUUAAUAUUGCAACAAGCAUUGGAUCCUUUCACUAACUCAACGAAUACGCAUUUAUUGGUCACUGGUGUAAUAAUGGAUUGAUGAUAAUGUAAGCUCUUCAUAGUCGCUGCUUUCCAUAUAUUGUAAUUAUUUUUGUCGAGAUAUAUAUAUAUAUAUACGUUCGGCGCCUUCAAUACAAACCAAGUGAUAUUGUGCGUCAUCAUUUGCUGAAUGAGGCAACUUGUCUCAGUAAUUGUAGCUGUGAAAAUACAACCUCUUUUUGAUACCAGACAUGUUAAGGAACGGCACAGAUUGAAAUCCGCCUUCAAAUAAGGUCUUUGAAAGGCAUUCAGAAGAGAUACACAUAAGGAAGAGAAUAUAUGGAUAUCAACUUCUUUAUUAUGAGGAAUACAACGUUUCGGAGUAUAUACUUACUCCUUCAUCAGGUGAAUGAAGGAGUAAGCAUAUACUCCGAAACGUUGUGUUCCUCAAUAUAAAGAAGUUGACUUAUAUAUUUGUAUAUAUUCUCUUCCUCGCAUUUAAAUGCUCAACGGUCUCGGGCCAAACAAACCCAAAAUAGGCCGCCCCCCGAAUAUCCAUUGGUCUGCCCUUAGACCCUGGGUUGACUGGUAGAUUAUAUAUGCGUGAUCAAAAGUAAGUUAGCAGACAAACACGAUAGACUGUUUCUGGAAUCACACUGUCAUUAGGCCAUUGCCUGGUUCUAGAUUCUUUCUUUCUCCGUAGACCACCGACGGUGGUUCAAGAGCAUAUAUAUACAGUACAGGGAUAAAUAUAAUAUGUACAUCAUGAAGGCUGUGCACUUGAAUGAAGUUUCCACUCAAUAGGUUGUAUUUUCUCGGCUGUGGAAGUUCUGCUUUAUUGUUUUGAGGUAUAUUUUUCUACCACAAUAAGUCUCAUAUUUUACGCUCUGUUGUUUUUUUUAUUAUAUACCAAGCGCCUUGCGUCUGUUCUUGUAAAGUUUGGUGGCAUUUUGUCUGUGGUCGCCUUCAUUUCCGCUCAUGCGCAGACGGUAACAUCGCUCAAACAGCGUAUAUAUUUAUGAAUAUGUAUUUUGCUAUUCCUCUAUAUUGGUAUUUCACUUUUAUAACGUUUUUUGUACUUGAUGGUUCUAUCGUACCAACAUGAAAAUGAGAGUGAAUAAUUUUGUCCCACUUUCUCUUUGAUAUUCUUCCAGUAAAACCGGAAGUAAAAAUCUUCAGUAUUAGAACUGAAUAGAAGUUGUUAGGGUUAUUGUCAAUACAUACAAUGUAAAAAUAACGUUAGAAAAAACAUCAGUCCAUUUUUUUGUAAACAUCUCUUCAAAGAUAGAACUGAACUAGCCACAACGUGCGCAUAGCAACAAGGUCGUAUCUUUCAUAAAUGUUGUUUAUGGCUAAAUGCGCAAAUGGCUUGGUUGUUAAGAGGGAAGUCGACUUGGUUCUCUCCGAAAACCCAUGAUAAUGUGUCUGGUAUAUUAUCUAACUCGUUGUGUCGACUGACGUGGGUUAAGUUGGUGCAAUGCAAGCAGUCAGUCCUGUUGAAUGCGUUAUAUUCAUUGUCGAAGCGUUACUAUUUAUUCCGUAGGUUGUAGGCGCCAGUGAAGUCGGCACAAGUGGUAUAUAGUAUCUCUUUGUAUUUAUUUAUUGCCGGAAUAAAUGUGAUUUUUGUAUUAUUAAUCUCCGAAUACAUCAUGUGAUAUAAUGAUAAGCUGUCUCUUGUUAACAUUACUCGAAGCGUGUUGUUUUAAUAAAGCAUGCGCAUUGUCUAAAGGCGUCGUGUAAUUUAUUUGUAAUAACAGCUAGCAUGCUAAGAAUAAAAUGGUUGAAACUUCAAAA